CCUCGUCCCCCGCAUUUUCCUCCACCCACUUCUUCCCCACCAAGCAACCGCCGCCACCACCACUCAAUCUCAUCUCGCCGCCGCCGCCGCCGCCAUGGGCCGGGGACGCAGCCGGAAGCCGCGCAACUUCGCCACGUUCCGCCUCUGCCCGCGCCCCGGCGCCGCCGACGCCUCCGACCGCGUCUUCUUCCGCGUCGACAACAACCCCUACUACGUCCCGGGCUUCGCCGACGACGACGUUCUCGGCGGCGCCGCCGCCGCGGCGGUGGGAGAGGGAGAUGAUGACGCGCCUUCCUCCUCCGCCUCCGGCGAGACGGGCCCCCUCCCCGACCACGUCCGCCGCGAGAUCCUGGAGCUCGGCCUGCCCGACGACGGCUACGACUACCUCGCCCACCUCCGCGAGAUCCGCCCCUCGAUCUCCUCCACCGGCGGCGGCGGCGCCUCCGCCGCCUUCCUCCCCGUCCGCCGCCACGCCCGCGCGCACUUCGGCCCCCCUGUGGACGUCAAGGCCUACGACGCGAGCCGCGUUCGGAUCGGCUCCUCCGGUAAGGAGACCACCACGGCGACGGCGGCGGCGGUGGAGGUGGAGGUGACGCGGAUCGAGAAUGCCAUCGAUCCUGAUGUCGCCAGGUUGCUCGAGGAGAGCGGUGAGCCGGCGCUGGCCGGAUCGGAGUCGGAGUCGGAGUCGGAGGACGACGAUCUGGAGGAGGAUUUCGUCCUCGUCGCAAAUCAGGACGACGAUGAUUUUGUUCUCGUUGAAAUUGAAAAUCAGUUUGAGGAGGAAGAGGAAAACAUUGCUGCGGCUGAUGAUUCAGAGGAGGACGGUUUGAAGAAUGGUGAGUGCAAAGUGGGGAAUUCAGCGUCAGCUUGAUGAACAGCUUCCUAUCGUGGCACUUGACUUCAGAUUUGGCUCUGUAAUUCACAGAGCCUGUGCUAUCGAAGAACAGGCGGAAAGUUAUGACGCAGCCAGUGAGUGAGUGAGUUAUUCAUUGUAGCGAGACGAUGAACUCAUAAUGUCUCGUCAUAAUGUAAUAUCAAUCAUCAGAUAUCAGUUAGAUUAGUAAUAGUAAAAUCCUACCACAAUAUUCCUAGCAUUUCUUGUGACUUUGCCUUCGUGCAAUAUUCCUCUACCACCACGAUUUAAUAUAUUUCUGAAAAUUUGGAGAGCCA